UCAUCAGGCUCUCUUAUCCUGAGACCUGUAACAGAUCUUCGGGGGCUGGUCCGGGAUCAGCAGUACUACGGGGGUCCGACAACUGCUGAUCCAGUAAUCCAUGAACCGUGGACCAGAGUGAUGACACGUUGCUGGAGCGAGGGGCACUGCGAGUGAGCGACUGCCAGGGUGAGAGAACCAGUCUAGUGGAAUCCAAGCCGAGAGAGUGCAACUCGACAGUCCCAACAACGUGCGGCAUGUUUGACAACGAGAGAAAGAGUUUUGUUUGGACAAUAAAGAAAGGACUACACAGCCUGACAACCGAAGAGAUCUUCCAGCUCACUCAAAGCAUCGGACCAGUUGAUGAGCUUGAAACAGAUAAGUUGGACAAAAAUGACGAGUUGUUUUGAAUAUUUGUCUGCUUAUAUGUCUAGCAACUCAUUGUUGAUGUUAGAAGAUGAGGGGAUUUCAUGGCUAUUAGACCUGAAAGAUAAAGUAGAUGAGAUCAUUGAGGACCAAAGCAAGAGUCCAGAGACUUGUUGACAGUUAAAUGUCGAGGGAAAGACUAACAUCCCAACCACAAUGCAUUCAUUGUCCACUGACAGAGCUACUGCUAAUAACUAUUCAGGAUCAAGCGUAAAUGAAGUGGCAACAGCCGACAGUGACACACGUAGUACACACAUACAGAGUUCCUCGCCUUGAAAUGGGCUGUUUGUGAGAAAUUCAGGGACUAUUUGUUUUAUGCACCCCACUUCACCAUCUACACAGACAAUAACCCACUAACAUAUGUCAUGGGCACAGUCAAACUGAACGCUGUUGGUCACCGAUGGGUAGGUGAACUUGCAGACUUUCAAUUUGAUAUCAGGUACCGACCAGGGAAGAGCAAUGUUGACGCUGACACCCUCUCCCGUCUACCACUGGACAGGUAUGUGGUGGAAUGCACCGAAGAAUUGUCCAAGGAAGACCCAUCAAUUGGGGCACUAAUAAGACUGAAGGAAACAAAGAGAGUCUUGUCAAAUGAAAAUCGGCGAGGAGCUUCAGUUCACGGACAUAAACGCAAAACCGGAACAGGGUGCUAAUGAUAUCAGAUUUUUCAACGGCUUGGACUCAGAUCUGAACGUAACGAUUGGUAACUUGGACUUUGGGGACGUCAGCGCCAACAACAUGUCCGUCUACGUCAGCGUACCAAAGGGAUCAGCUCAGUUCAAGAUCAAGAGCGCUGCUGAAGAGUGUGUCUACACUCAGGAACUGGGCUUCGGCAGCUCUUUCACCCUGAUCAUACCGCCGACUUUCGCAUUUGGAUCGAAUUGCGAGCAGAGCAUCCGACCCGUGUUGGACAUGGAGCAGAACAGCUUUCACAUGGCCUGGCAGAUUCCACAGUACUUCCUCCUCACCUUAGGGGAGGUGGUGUUCUCCGUCACUGGCCUGGAGUUCUCCUACUCCCAGGCGCCAAGCAAUAUGAAGUCCGUGCUGCAGGCUGGUUGGCUCUUAACGAAUGCUUUUGGCAACAUAAUUGUGCUCAUAGUCGCAGAGGCUGCGACACUGCAAGACCAGUGGGCCGAGUACGUCCUCUUCGCCUCUCUGCUUCUGGUGGUGUGCGUCAUCUUUGCCAUCAUGGCCUACUUCUACACGUACAUUGACCCGGCAAAGAUAGAGGCCGAGUUCGCCCAGAUUGACCCCGAACAGAAAGAGAAGAGGAGGAACUCCAGGAAGGACUCGGUGGAGCAACACAAGGAGGAGAGGAGGAGUUCUGACUCCAGCUACGACAACGAGGAACAGAAACAGACCAGGAUCUGAGGUGACCCCUUCUUAACUGAUCUGGAUCUCGUUAGAAGAUAGAACACAAACUUAGAUCUUAGAACUUAGAAACUUCAAAGCCUUUUCUUAGGUGACUCGUAUUAUAAAAAAACUGGAUCUUUAGAAGUCAGUUAUGCUUUUCCCUUUGAAAAUUAACCUUUUUUUAAAAUAAUAAAUUGUGUUGCACUGUAUAGCAACACACUUAUGUAAUUCACACUUGAUAUAAAUGUUGGAAAACAUUCCAACAUUUGUAUCAAUUUCCAAGCAAAGUGUUGUAAUAUUUCGUCACUCGUAAAUAUAUACAAUUUAUUGUGUUGCUGGGUAAUAUUUGAACAGAAACUGUUCAUUUUCCAAAAUCAAACUCAUUUGCUUUUGGUCCCCGUCACAAUAGCUCACUAAUGUUUUAAUAAAGAUCCUUUCUUAUCCUCUAGCUGUGUGUACGAUUUCACUUCGUAUUAUUCAGUAUCACGCAUGAGGUCAACGCUAACAUUGAUCAAAAUGAGAAUUGAAAUGCUAAUAUUAGGGAGAAUUUUCAAAAUACUUUCUACAGAACGGCAAAAUAUUGGGGCCAAAAAGUAAAGAGAAUGGGGCUAAAAUAAAGAACGUGAACUUCUUAGACUACUAGCAUUAGCACAGUCACUGAAUUUGUAUGUACAGUAUCAUGUUGCUGUCUUAAAAACACCACCUCUACACAUGUUAAUGAGACAUGCGCGACAAAAGGUUCUCAGUUAGCAAUAGAUCUUUAUUUCUCAUGUCACUUUGAAAGCUUACAAGGAGCUCACAUUUAACUUGGGAAUCCUCAAAUGACACAAGCAAAGAUUAUAUACAGUACUAUAAACUGUCAGCUAUGAUAAAGGAGACCAAAUGUACACAUUUUGUUAUUUCCGUAGCAUAUGUUGUUCUGUAAAGUAAAUUACUUUUUUUUGCCCGAUGCAGGCGCUCAUAUCCAUAAAGCAUUCCAUAUUUCCAUCUUUGCAGUUAUAAAAAUAUCAGAUAUUUCUUAAUUUCUUUCGAUCCCUGUGUUGACAAGUGCGUCUUGAUGCAACUCCUCAACAUUAUUGCUGCAUUAGCACAGUAGUAAAUUCUGGAACUCUUAAGUAAACAUAUAUACUAAAACAUGGCUAUUAGCAAUACUUCCUUGUGUGUGGUUUUUUUUUGUUCUUCCUCUUACACGCUUUAAAAAUACUUCACACUUUCAAAGUGCAAAAAAAAAA